GACUGCCACAGCGUGUUCAUCCUCCGCGAGUGGGUCAUCGAGGGCAUGCUUUUCUUUGCGCCCAACGUCGAGGGCGGCCAUGCGUCGCGGAUCCAGGACAGCUUCCUCUUCAGGACAUUUCGGAAGGAUCUGGUCGAGCUCAUCUCGGGGCCGGUGGAGGGCGCCGUGGCCAUGAAGCGCGACGAGGCCAGCGACAGCAAGAAGCGCAAGCAUCAUAAUGCGCAUGCAGGGGGCGAUGCAGACGACUCCAAACGGCGUAGAAUCAACCGCUCCAAGGCGAAGAAAGAUAUCAUGGAACUGGCGAGGCAGUCCACGCUGCAGAUGUCGGUCGACGACGGCGGCAACCGCCGUGAGUUGAACGUGUUCGACGAUGUGACUUGGCAGAUCUUCGGCCCGCUGGACGGCUUGUCCAAAGCAGACUUGAACGUGGUCAAUGUUCGUGAAGCUUUGAGUGCAGUCAUCCGCUUUAUCUUCUCCAAGGCGACGAAGUUCGAGAACGUGGAGUACGACCUGCCGAAGUAUUCUGUCCUGCGGCCGAAGCUUCGCGAGGGCAUCGCCAAGACCCACUUGGACAACAUCAUCAAGCUCAAGGGCAACCCCGCGUCUUCUUCAGAUAACCCGUUGGAGGAUGUCCUUAGGCUUGUGGAGAAGAACUCUGGCGUGUCGCUGUCCCCCGAUGCGCUAGGCGCAGACGCCCAGUCUGCUCCAGCGAGUGCUCCUCGUGACAUCGUGGCCGCAGCCUUCUCUGGGCUUUUGCAGGAUUUCGAGUGGAUCUUUGGACUCGUAGACUUUCUCAAGAUGUUCGAGGUCGGACCUUGCGAUAACCCGAGGCUCAACCACCUCUUCAUCAAAAUCAUGGAGGCUGGCAACCGCUGCAUGCUGGAAGCUACCAAGCUCGUCUCAACGGACAUGUACGUCGAUUGCUUCGCUGGCAUUCUCAAGGACUUAUUUCAAGAUAUGUGGCAGUCGUUCUUGAAUAUUCUUGGCGCGAUGAUCGCGGGGGGGCCUGAGUCGUUUGACAAGUACGCCUUGGGUGUCAUCGAGACUCGUGAGUUCGCGGUCAAGGUUUUCCACAUGCGCGCCGCCCUGGUUGUUGAGGCACUGGCUUCGCAGGCGUGCGGGCAAAGCCGCAUCGCAGAGAAGGGCAUGCAGUCGCACGUGGAGGUACUUCGACUUCUACUCAAUGGAGGGGCCCUUGGCUUGAUGGACCUGUCGCUGACGGAGGCUGAGUACCGCUCGGCGUGGCUCGACAUCCUACGGGCAUGCGGUGAGUCUGACUCUGCUAAGGCUCUGACGGAUGCUGCCAAGUUGGGCCCAUCGGCGAUUCUCGAGGCUCUGGCCAACGUGAUCCCCUGCUCGCGCUUCACCCAGAUCGGCCAGACGCCGUUCAAGAAGCAGAUCGCCUCCGUGGGCGAGGUCGACAACCAGGGCCCCCAGAACCAGCAGGACAACAAGAAGAUCGACGGCGACAAGGGCAGCGACAAGGGCGCGGAGAAGCCUGAGGACUCGAACUCCGUCGAGCCCAUGAACUUUGCUAAGUUCCAGAGCUUGAGUGCGCUGAGGGCGGGAAUACUGCCAGGCCUGGACGCCCCGCUGUCCGCGCCCUACCACUGCUGCACGUUCGCCGAGCAG